CUACCUGUCUCGAAACUCGCUCAAUUCUUGCGUUAUGUCACUAUGACGUACCCUCAAAUAGUAGUGCUAAUCCUCCUCUUUGUGUCCACUAACUCUAAAAGUAUAGGUAAUAGUGACAAAAAUGUGACCAAACGUGAAACUUCCGAAGACCUUUUCCCGGAUUGGGUGCCAUUCAAGAACAAGAAAGGAGAGCAGCUCGGAGAAUUUGUGCAGGUAGAACCCAAAAAGCCUAAGAAAAGAUUAGCGUUGCCUGUCAAUUUUAUAUUGAGGGCUGUAGCAGAGCCUGAUGGUGAUGAUUACUAUGACAAAGGCCAAGGGGAAAGUGAUGGUGAAGACUAUUUCGAGAAAAGAGAAUGGUCUGACAUAAACAGACCACCUCCUACAAGAGCCACUACUGUAGCACCAAUUAAUCACACAGAGAUAUCAGACAUUGACGGAGUGGUCGGUAUAAUAGUCAAACAUCACCCCUCAUCAGAAAUACUUAAGAAAACACCAAUCAGCCAAGAGGAUUCACGGUCUAGCGAAAGUAAAGAAGAAGAAGUGAAAAAAGCAGAAAUCGCCAAGAUUAAAGAAAAGAAUAAUGAACAAAAUCUUGAAGAAAAGAAGGGCAAAAGGUACGAUGAUUACUCGGAUUACGUAGAUGAAGGGAAUGUAGAGAAACCUAAACAAGAACCUACUGAAGAACAAAAGGAAGCUGAAGCUAGGAAAGCUAAAAUACUUGAUGCUGUGGAUGAAUUGAAAGAAAGACAUGAGCAGGAGCAAAAAGCGAUAUCCGAAAAGAUGAAAGAAGAGGCAAUGCACAAAGAAGAACUUGAAAGAGAUUUUAGCUCUUCAGUGGAGUCAGGCGAUAAGUAUAGUCGCAAAAUAGAGAAGAGGCCUGAUUACGAAGAAUACGACGACAAAGAAAAUACGAGUAUAGAAGAUAAAUAUAAAAUGUAUCCGUUGAGAAGACGCACGACAACCACGACGACCACGACAACGAUUAGACCGACCACGAAACGCAGAAAGGACAAAAAGGGGAGAGAUUCUAGCGAAAGCGGUAAAUUGUCUGUAUUUAGAAAUCCAAGCGUUUACAUGAUCUACGAUGAAGACAUGUAUGACUCUACAGCGAAAACAACACAAAAGCCUAAGCUUUCCUCAAAAACUACGAUGUUUAUUCCCGAUACCCCGACCACCGAUAGACGGUUCUCCUCUAGAUACACGACACCCGCUAAAGAGGAAGCUGAAGACACAGAACGUAUAUCUUUAGUGCCUGAUGACUCAGAACUGAAAGAAGGGGAACCGACACUGUUCUUUCCUAAAAAGAGGAAGAAUAAGCGCAAGCGCAAAAACAAGUCAACCACAUACAGUCCUCAGUUACUGGACACGCACGUAGCAGAGACGAUACAAAAGAAAUCUGUUCAGGAUGAAACUACUACAACUCCUGUUAAUGUGACCACAGUACAAAUGACGGAUACAACAGCGAGUGAUUCGAAGGUGUCUCCAACAGGGACAGGGCCGUCUGCCCCUAGUGCCUCAGGUCCUUCCGCAUCGGGAAGUGGAAUAGGCACAACGGCUACAUCAUCAGAGGAAUCUUCAGAAUCUCAGGCACCUGCUUCUGUGUCCACCCCGUCGGGUCCGUCAGCGCCUUCGCGAACCGUUCCGCCAACAGGAGGCGGGUCAACUGAAGUUACCUCGUCUGAAUCGGGGACCUCGGAAAAGUAUCAACCCCUGUCUGCUGCGUCAUUGACAUCUGCUGUGGCGUCUGAUGCGGAGCCGGCUCCCAGUGAUCAUAAGAAGGAGGAGCAUAAGAAUGAAGACUACGAACACGAGAAAGGUGGCGAACACGAGCACCAUUCAGAAUACCACUCUACACAUGGGGAGAGCGGCAAGAAAGCUUAUGAGGGUACGAAGUCCAAGUUGCUCAUGAACCGAAGACUAGUGCAAGACAGAUCGAAGCUAAAGAUUCUGAAGGCGAAACCUUGGUACUAUUAUUGUGGUCUGGACGGCAAACACGAGGAUACGAAGACCGAUCAAGGGCAUCAUGACAAAGAAGAUCAUGUCGGCUCCUACCACGACCACGGAGGCUUCGACAAGCAUCACCACGACGAAAAAGAGCACUUUGGAGCUCACAAUCAUGAAGAGCAUGGAAAAAAACAUGCAGAGUAUGAAGAAAAUGGAAAGCAUUCUAAAGGGCACAGCACAAAGGGAAGCCAUGACAUCCAUAAGAAAGAAGAGUAUGAGAAGAAAGUUGAGUUCUUUGAGGAGGAAGGAGACUCCGUGGAGGAAGAAAAACACGGAGGACACACAGAAGAGCGUUCACAUGGCCAGGGCGGACACUUUAAGAAGGGGAACCUCAACGCUGGCUACCACGACCGUGCGAAGGGUGAAGCCGGCCACCUUCUUAAAGGAGGACAAGGGCAUGCACAUAAGGGCUAUUCCGUCUCUGGCGCACACGAUAGCCAUGGCAAGCAUGGGUCCGCGCGAGCCCAAAAGCAUGGCCAGGCGGGUGGUAAAAAAUGGGUUUACCACCACGGAUUCCCGGCUAAGAAUGCGAACCUCGUCGUCAUAGAUCGUCGAGCUGACCAGCUGUACCAUGGCCCUCAGUACUAUGGCUAGGGGCGACUGCCUUGCAACAGUGACAUUAUAAAAAUCAUCAACAAUGUCAGAAAAACGCUGCUGCAAGGUGCUAAAUGUAGGGAUCCUAGAAAUGGACUUUAAAAUUGGGGUGAACCUAAAAAAAAUGUCAAAUUGUGCGCAAGUCAAUGUGGCGAAGUCAGAUUUCUUUUUAAAUAUGUAUAUUUUUUAAUGUCGAUUUACUUUUUAACUGUCCAAAUUGAUAAUUAAGGAUGGUUUUAAUAAACUAAUCUCAGCUGAGACUACCCUCAAGACCAUGCUCAAAUCCCUGUUUUUGCUCAUGUCACAUUGACAUGAUCUUGAGGGCAGUCUCGAAGCUGAGAUUAGUUUAUUAAUACCACCCUAAAAGGUUGAGUGCUUGACUCACAUCAACUGAUGUAACUCAUUGCCGUCAUGUGGCUGUCAUCUUUCUAACGAUAAAGUAGUCUUCAAAACAUAACGUAACAUAGCAUCAUGCCUGUAUCCCCAAAUGGGUAGGCAGAGGUGUAUUUUAUACAAUUAUACACCCACUCCCUGCUAUGUUAAUUAAUGUCUAAGCCUAAUGCCAUUAACCGGACACAAAUCCUUAUAUAUUUUUUUUGAACUCUAAAAUCUACACCAUGUUUCUAAACUAAGUACUUACAUAAGAAGUUGGUACUUAUAAAAAUAAAAGUAAACGCAUAGUUAUAUUUACGAUGCGCCAUAAAUUAUUACUGGAUUCUAAAGAAAAUAAUGUUUUACUAACAAAACAAUUUUGUAACAAAAUAUGUUUUGUACCUACUCACUUACAACAACUUAAAACAUUAUUUUCCAAUAUCAAGCUAAUUUGUAAACUACUGAAAAUCUAUUUUUUCUUUUUUUUAUUGACGUAGAAAUUUAACAGAAUAAUAUCAAUUUUCCGACAGUAUAUAGUAGAAUAGGCUUCUACUGUUUCCUGCCGUCAAUUUGGAAAACGCACUCAAUCGUAAAGUUUAUAAAGAUUUUUUUUUAAAAACGUAGACUAACCCAAAUGACCAGCCUAUUACCAUUAUACGAGAUAAGUAAAUUGUUGCUAAUUUAAAUGUAACAACGACAUACUAAAAGGGUUUCCAACGAUAGCACACUGAAUUUGUGUUAGGAGCCGAUUCGUUGGACACGAACGGCACUCAAUGUAUUAUAAAUCAUAAAAAAUGAAGUCAAACAGUGCUACAAAUACCCGGCCAAGUAGUGAACACCAUUAAACACAACACAAACCUACCAUAAAUCACGUUAAUUAAUAUUAUAAUAAAAUGUCCUCCCUGAGACAAUGCCCUGAGCCGAGCGCUUGCCUAGACUCCCUCAGGCACGUCGUCUUAAAAUUUCUCAGAGCCCUCAACGUUCCCAGUUUAUCCAGUCAAGUAGAUUUUAAGGCUAAACUCAGGUUUAAAUAUAAUGAUGCUUGCGAUUAAAAAAGUAGUUAGUUGUGGCACUGUUUGUAUAUCAUGAUUUUAUUGUCCCCUAAGAAAUACGUCACUUUAUAGUUGUAAUAAAGAGAUUAUAAUUAUUAGGGUUUAAGUAUAGACAAGAAGCGACGUAAUACGACAUUAUAGAACUUACUUUAUUUCAAUAUUAUGCAUGUUUAAAAACUUGUUAAUAAUCUAUCUUGAUUUAAAACAUCACACGCACAAGUUUUCGAAAAAAUAUUAUACUUAAAUGUCGCAAUUUUUGUCUCUUAUGUGGUUCUCUAAAAGCAACCGGGGCGUUAGGAGGAUCCUAACCUAUGAUGAUGCCUAUCAGCUCCGUAUAGAAGGCGCAUUGAUAACAAACACUUCAGGACCCCGAUACCGCCGGCGUGGUCGAUGAUUUCCCUAAUUCAGCGCUUAUCGCUAUCGACCCGCAAGGUUGGAUUAAUUGUUUAAAAUAUAAUAAACGUAUAAACGUAAAAGUAACGUCAUAAAUAUAAGAGAUGAUUCCCAUACAUUUUAUACCCAAACGUAUCCAGUUUCCCCGACACCGACCACGCUGGCGUGGUCGACGAUUUCCCUCAUUCAGCGCGUAUCGCUAUCGACCCACUAGGGUCGAUUAAUUCUUUCAAAUAUUUUUCCUCUCAGACAACGCCCUGAGCCGAGGUUCGCGCCCAACUGGGCACCCUCAGGCCUGUUGUCUUUAAACGUUGUACCGGGUGAGAGCCUUCAGCGCUCCCCAUUUGUCCGGUCAAGUAGUUAAUGCCAUCUGCGGCAAAUCUACAGUAAGUCACGUCAAAAAAAAAACGUAUCCAGUUUGGGUAUAAAAUGUAUGGGAAUCGAACUAAUAGCAUCUCAUAUAUUUAUUUGAACUUGAUGUACUAAGACCCACUCCUAGCUCAGCUGCUGGUGGGGAGCGGAGAGUUGCCGUUCUAUAAAAAUCAAAUCAAAAUCAAUUCAAAUCAUUUAUUCGCGUAGGUUCAUCCAGCGUCAACCGCAGCGCUGAUGACAGUGCGUUAGAGAAUCACACGCUCAUUAGGGGCGUCAUUUUUGAAUCGCUCGCUUUCAACCCACGUUCGAAAAUAUAUACCCAUUUCACGUAUCACAUCAGAACUUGUCAUUUGCAAGAUGAGACAGAUAUAUGUCUCACGCGAGUUGAAGGCGAGCACUUCAAAGCUAGCCCCAGCCCUCAGCCUAGUUAGUAACAUUUCUGAUUAAUUUUCUCCCUUGUAAAUAUUGUUUUCUACAUCUCGACUGUAAAUAUGCUAAUUAAAUCUUUUUUUUUACUUUUGUACAUAUAAUUUCUUUUUGUAAUAAAAAUGAUCUUUUUAA